CCUAUUACGUAGAACAGCCCACAUCGAUUAUCGACUGUCCACCCUCAAACCAUGUUAUAUUUGUAUAUUGCCUACCAACCUAAACAUCAAAUAUACUGUAUUGUUUUAUAUGUAUCCGCGUAGGAUUGAUUUUGGCCCACUGGAUCGUCAUGGAAAAGUAUGUAACCCUCGAGGAAUUUAGGGAAGUUUUGAGCCGACGGUUUUCGGACGAGUUUCCUCAAGUUCUAAGCGAGUACGAAGGAGUGCCUCUAUUCCCAGAAGUAGACGAGGUGGUUCGUGAACUCAAGACGUUUGACGUCAGAGAAGAUGACUGUUGGGUCGUUACAUAUCCCAAAGCAGGUACAACUUGGGUGCAAGAGAUUGUGUCCUGCGUGAUGCAUGACGGGAACCUGCAAGCAGUUAAUGAGAGGCAUACCGUAUUCCGUGUGCCGUACAUUGAUCAGACGAUUCCUGCGCGAGCACGACAAUGGAAAAAUAUGCCGCCCAUUCCGAAGAUCGUGGCUGAGAUGCCGUCACCCCGGGUCAUUAAGUCGCAUCUACCAGGUCAACUCCUGCCCCCGCAGCUGUGGCAGAAACAUUCCAAGCUUGUCUACGUUAUCCGCGACCCAAAGGACGUGAUUGUGUCCUUCUUCCACUUCGAGAAGAUGUUUGAUCCGGAGAAAGCUGAGAAAUCUUUUGCGGAUCUCUACGAAAGGGCGAUGACCGGGAAAGUUAUGUACGGGGCAUGGUGGGAUCACUAUUUGUACUUUUGGAAGAGAAGACACGAACCGAAUGUUCUCCUGUUGAGAUUCGAAGAUUUGAAGAAAGAUCUGCGAGGUAAUAUCGAGAGGGUCAGUCUGUUUCUCGGCAAGAACCUGUCAGCCGCGAUACUGGAUGCGAUUACGGAGCACUGCACGUUCAGCAACAUGCAGAAGAACCCCAUGACAAACAUGGACACACUGUACCCGCACAGCAUAAAAACAGGAGGUACCUUUAUGCGAAAAGGCAACGUCGGGGGUUGGAAAGAUUGGUUCACUGUGGCACAGAACGAAGCCAUGGACGCCCUCAUUAAGGACAAGCUGCACGGCACCGGACUCACCUUCGACUAGUCAAGCAAGCUGCGCUCAUUCCCAGCUGAACAUCAUUACACUGACAAACAGCUAUGAGCAAGUGCGAUCAAAACUGUACAAAAUAACAAAAAGAAUACAUAAUUCACUAUGAAAUGAUAAUGCAUGUUGUUGAAACGAUUGCUAACAGGUAUAUUUGACCGUUCACAAACCUAUCAUAGACAUGUGCUGUUUUUGUAUGAUCACCGCGCGAAGGAAAUUGGGGAUAAGAAGGUUGCGUUUCCUUAAGAAUCGAGUCAUUGGAGCAUGCAAUAGUUGUCAUUCCAGUACCCAUGGGGCGUCGCACAUUUAACAGUAUGGGCGUCCGCUGGGGUGUCAAUGCCAGCCUGCCCACACAAAAAUGACAAAUUGAGAAAAUGAAAGUCAGAGAGCAAGAAGUUUGGGAAAUAGGGGGCCUAAUGCGCAAAUACAAUCUUUAAGACGAUAAAUCUUGCCAUCUUGGUACUGAAGUAUCAAGCACCAAAAAAGUAUAUAGAAAAGUUAUGCCAAAUGCCCCACUUUGCCAUAUUAUCACUAGUGCAAGAUAUCCACGGCAGCAGUGGCAGCUAUGAUGGUCAGUGCAAUGUUCGAUCCAACACUUCAUGCCUUCCGGUAAGAGCUUUGCCCCCCCCCCCC